UGCUGGCGCUGCUGCUUGGAGUAGUCGCUGCAAGAAUAGAAGCGCCUGCGUGGAUUGGGUUUCUCUUCCUUUGCUCUGAAUUGCUCGCCGCGCUGCUCCAGCCUCAUUCCAGGUUCUCCUAGGCAGGCUCCCCGCCUCCUCUCUUUUGGAGUAGGCGGCGCCUCGGUUGCAGCUCCUUCCUUGCUUUCGCUCUCGGGUCCUUGCUGAUGAUUGUUUCAUUAAAGGAAUGCUCUUUUCUGUCACCCUCACCUUUUGCCGUGAGGUUUAAAUGCAGUUUACAAAGGGGCUGACAUCACCCGGAGAACUGCCUUGGAGCGCAAAGCAGAAGCAUAAAGAAGAAGAAGAAAUCAAUUCUCUAAAAAAUGGCAUUUUAUUUCAUUUUCUAGUAACUGUUAACUGUUCAGCUGCUGUCCACAGAGCGGUUGGAUCAUUGAAGCUAGAGGCGCCGACUAAUUCUCAACGUAUUUUUUGAAACUGCUCUUAUUUGUUGGGAAUCGAUGGGGCAUGAUGCUAGAACAAGUGAAACGAAUAAAACCCAGGCAGGUUGAACUGUGAGCUAACAACUUCCUCUCCCGUUGCUGUGGUUUUAAUAACCCGCGGUAAGUGGAUUUGCUUAAUUUCUAAGAGGCUUCGUGGAAAUAAUUAGAAAGGUUUGGAACUGGCUUUUUCUAAACCCAUGUUUGCUUUUUAAAGUUAUGCAAUGUUAAGGCAUGGGAAUAGUAGGAAAGAGAACACAUCUUACAGAAAUGCAUGGAUUUACUGUGUUUCCCGGUCUUGAUCUUGAAGAAUUAGAGUGAGUCUUUUAAAAAACGAUAGAAAGAUUUUUUUUUUAAAGAAGAAACCCUCCAAAAUGUUGCAAUAAAUUUUAGACCUAAAGUAUUUUGUUUUAAACAAUCCUUCUGUGUGGAAAAAGUGGGUUGUUUCUUUGCUCCCUUCACAUACCCUGGAGCACCAGAGUACAAACAUGGCAAAAAAUUCUGUGGAGGGGUCAAAAGAAGACCUCAGCAAGAUGACAGAAGAAGACAUGUUGAGGUGGAGCAAAGAGGAGUUGGUGAAAAGGCUGAAGAAAGUAGAGAAUGAAAAGAUGAACUUGAUGGUGGAGCACAGCAACUUGAUGAAGGAUGUGAACCGGAGGCUGCAGGUUCACCUGCAUGAGAUCAGGGGUCUGAAAGAGGUCAAUCAGAAGUUGCAGGAUGAUAACCAUGAACUGAGGGAACUCUGCUGCUUCUUGGAUGAUGACAGACAGAAGGGGAAGAAGCUGUCCAGGGAAUGGCAGAGGUUUGGGAGACACACUGCUGGUGUGAUGUGGAAGGAGGUGGGAAUGUACCAGCAGAAGCUGAAAGAGUUGGAGGCCAAGCAGGAGUCCCUCAUGAGGGAGAACAUGGAGCUGAAGGAGAUCGUUCUGAUGUUGGAUGAAGAGAGGAAUGGAGCUGGCUCCCGGAGCUCCAUAGACAGCCAGGCCAGUCUCACCAACCUGAAUGGGGGCUCUGGAACCAGGGAUGUUGGUGAUGGGAGUAGUACGUCCAGCACUGGCAGCGCAGGGAGUCCUGACCAUCACCACCAUCACCUGCACCAUCACAAACAUGUUGAAAACAAGGCCGGAGCUAUCCGGAGGUCUAUGGAUGACCUCUCUACGCCGCUGCAUCACAGGAGCAUCCCCAAUGGGCUCAAUGAUUCUUCUUCCAACUACAUCAGACAACUUGAAACAAAAGUCAAACUGCUAGAGGACGAUAACAAACUUCUCUCUCAGCUGGCUGAUCACAACAGCUCACCCAGAAAUUUCAUUAAGCAAUCCAGUUCUGGGGAUUUCAGGACUCUGAGGAAGGGGUUAUCCCCAUACCACUCCGAGUCACAGCUGUCGUCACUACCACAGUAUCAGGAUGCCAUGCAAAACGGCCCUGUCCGCAUGACUCCGGAUCUUGCUGCUUCUCCUGCUGUGGGUUAUGUUCCCCUAAGCCAGAAACCUGAAGCAGUGGUGCAUGCUAUGAAGGUCCUUGAAGUCCAUGAGAAUUUGGACAGACAAAUUCAGGAAAACUAUGAAGAAGACCUGAGUGAAAAGGAGAAAGCAAUUGUUCGUGAAAUGUGCAAUGUCGUCUGGCGAAAACUGGGUGAUGCCGCAAGCUCCAAACCUUCGAUCAGGCAGCAUCUUUCGGGAAACCAGUUCAAGGGCCCCUUAUAAGAACCUCACAUCACAAGACUGGGAGUGAAAAGAAUGAGAGAAACAGACUUCUCUGCUUCUAGCUGCCAGGGUUAUCUAUUUUUCCAACUUUCCUGUAGCUGUUGAUAGUGUAAUGAGGCAGCUAAAGGCCUAGUCUGUAGGCUGGGCUGGACCGGAACAAUUUUACAUGGGUUAAUAAUAACUGUCCUCCAAUGGCCAAUUUGUGUCAUUUGUAUUGUAGUGAAAACCUGCUUUGUUGGAUGGUCAUAUUUAGAAAUACCUGAACCCGACUGAAUUUCUAGGAGGGCAAAGAAACAGGGGACCUUAGCCUAUGGAGCAGUUAAACUCCUUUGCUUCGUCCUGCUAAUGCAUCGCAGUGCAGCAGCCCCUUGCAGCAUGAUUUUGGAAAAUACCAAGGAAAACAUGAAACCUGCAUCUUUCUUUCUUUCUUUCUUUCUUUCUUUCUUUCUUUCUUUCUUUCUUUCUUUCCACUUGAGAUAAUUAGUCCUAUCAGAGAUAGUUUACCUAGCAUUAAGAACACUUUUUGAGGGCCAGUUCCAGGUUGCUGUGUGGCUUGUAAGAGGAGAGGCAAAUCCUCCAGCCAUGGAUAUGAAUCUGCCAGGGCCUUGAUAAGCCACAGCCCCUGGCUGGUGGGCUCCUCUCAAUGUGAUAGGCCCCAAGCAUAUUCAUUUUCCUCCAGGUCUGCCUAAUAUUCAUGAAUCCUGGGGAUGUGAUACGUAUUCCAAAUGACUAGCCUACAGCAACUUCCAUGUUCUGGUGAGCCCCUUGCCUGAAGGGUAUAGACACAACUUGCAUUGCCAUGCUCUUUCCCUGUUACUGGGCAACCAUGGGAACCAUGGGCCUUUAAUGCAACUUGGGUCUAUGACGGAUGGUGACCAGGGUGAUUGUUGCAAAGGAGAACCAGGCUUGGGGCAGGUAUCAAGGAUUAUCCUUGUUGGUUACUUGAUGAGGCCACACUUGUCCGGGUUCCAUGGCCAAUUCCAGGCACUUCUAGGUGUCCUACUUUCCUUCUCGCUGUUGCUGCGAGGUCAUCUGCCCUCUCUGAGUGAGCAGUGACAAGAAGGAGAGGUAGCUUCUGUAGCUUUCCUACUCUCUCUUUCUGGGAGGUGCUGCAGCUUGCAUCGAGAGGAAAUGGGCAACCCAAUGGGCCCCCCAUCCAACAAAUCUUGUUCAAAGGCUGCUCAGAACUGGAAUUGGUCUUGGUUCAGUAUGUACAGUGGUACCUGCCAGUAUUUUACGUUCUACACCACUAUUCACACUACUGUAAACAUGAGAGGGGAAACCGUGGCCCUACAGCUGUUCUUGGGCUGCAGUUCUCCCCAGACCUGGCCAAUGGUAAGGGAUGAUGAGAGUUGCAGUCUAGUAACAUCAAGAGAGCCAAAAGAUUCAGCAGCCUGGUCUUCCUUUGCAUCGCCCCUCCCCUGCGUGUGGGAAUACUUGCUUCUGUGUUGCCAGGUUUGUUUUUGCUUCUGUGUGUGUUUAUUCAGAUGUUAAUGUCUUGUUGCAAAAAAAUCCAUGUGGACUGGCCCUGCACUGUCCGUGUUGCCCAGACUUUUUAAUAUUAAACAGAAAGGUCCAUUUCUUCAGUCUUUCAUAUAAUUUAGCUUGCUGACAUGAUGGGAAGAGUGGUGGGCGCAGUGUGUUCUGUCCCAUCAUUCUCAACAGUCACUUCUCAGCGAACUAACACACAGAAUGGGUUCUUUGAAAAUGGGACCAGAACAGCAGCCAUUCAAGCUGGCCAAAGGAAAGUCUGUCUUCAGACAUGCUGCUUUCAUUCAACCACUCAACCAAAUCAAGUCUCUCUCCUUGGAACUGCUUCAUAUUACAUGGGUUUGCUCGGUUCUUCUUUGUGGUCUCUGCGCAUCACACGUACGGGCUCUGCACGCAUGGAGUCUGUUCAGUCGAAGGAGAUGCAUAGAUGACCACUUGAAGAACAACAUUUACAGGUAAGCUAUUUGCCUAUUCGAUUACUAUAUCAAGCAGCUCUUUUGUAACCUGCCAAAGAUGUUGAUUGCCUAUCCUGGCUCCAUCCCACCUCAUCUCAUUAGGUAUUUGUUGAUUUCCUUAACUUGUACAGCAGAACACACAACUGGCAAUCUUCUCACUUGUGUGAAGGAACUUUUACGAGGAUUCAUAUACCCUCAGAAAAUUUGCAUUGAGAUUUGUAAUUAGUUUGAAGAUGUCACAGUUUCGGCUGUUGUGACCUUGACUCAUAGAAUUUUGGCUUAGCUACUUACAGCUGGUUCAGUUAGUUGGCUGAAUUUCUGUUGGUUUCUCUUAGAGUGUCAUCUGUUUAAGUACCCACAUUGCUCUUCAACCACUGGAUAAUCAGAAACUUCUCCACACACCUUUAAAGUUACCUUCCUGUAUGAAGGCCAGUGUCAAUUGGCCAUUGCUUCUUCUUGUGCUUCAGCCUUGGCAACACAAUCCUCCAAGAGAUGACUUUACUGCCUGCACAUUGAUGUGUCAUGUUUGCUGAGGGUGACACAUAAAAUGCUGAUGCAAAAUGCAAGUAUCCAAACAUUUGGAGACAAGUAGUGAUCGUAUACCACAAAAAUAUGACUGGAACAACCCCAAGCGUGCUCCCUGCUUUUUUGUUUACAAAUAUGUCUUACUUUUGACCUUAAAGUCAGGACCAACCAAAGUCCCUUUGAUUUCAGUGGGUCCAUUCUAAAUAUGUCUAAAUCUGGAUCUAACCCAAGUGCAAACCCUCCUUCCUCUUCUAUCUAGUUUGCCCCAACAACCCACAAACAGACAUCUUACUGGGACAAAUGCAAAGCUUUCAGUAAAUGAUGUGCUUGAAAGCAAGCCUUAAUUAUUGUAUGUCUUUCUCUUUAUACAAACCAGUCAAAUCCAGCCAAGACACAGAAGGAGAACUUAAUUUAAAACUGAUCUUAUAACAUCCACAGAUUUCAUUCUGAUUCAAUUGGACGGAGAUAGACAAUAAUUUCUCAGAGCUGCAAGUCAUGAGGUAGCUCUCUGUUGGUCAAGCAGGUUUUGCAGGGGUUUUGGAACCAGCAUCAAAACAAAUUCUGCACAACUAGCUUUCUAGAGGCAAGAGUGCGAUGCAAGCAACCAUGCCUCUUACCUGCCAUGUUCAGUGCUGUUGUCCACCAACCACUUAUUGUUUGUAAAUCACUAGCUUUGUUGUAAUAUUCCUGGAUUUUCUCAUUUUUAUUUCCCAUCAAUUGCAUUCUUUCCCAACUGUCUUCUCCUCUCUUCUAUUCCUCUGUAUCCUUUGGAUGUUCGAAGAUUUACAUCGACUUGUUUUGAGCCACCUAUUUGCUAAACCAUUUUAAUGGCAGCUGUGACCCAUCCCUGGGAUAGCGUGAAGCCUUUUUAAGUGAUAAGGAGCAAAAUUUAUGGGCUGCAGUGCUUAUACCACCAUGGCACUGUGCUGCUGAUAAAUUCAAGCAGUUGCUUAGCCAGAUGUGUUUCAUCCCCAAGAGAAACAUGAAAUGAGCCAGGAAACACUGAAUGAUUGUUCUUCACAGAUCUGAGCACCACUGCAAACAGGCUCAGAAGUUAUAAAGCACCCAGCAGGAUCCAAAAUGUGCACAGGGCAUGGUUUUGAAGGGCCAUAAUGCAGCAGCUCUGGUCUGGUCUGUGCCUGCACUGGACACAGCCUGUGCUGCCUUUGAAAGGGCAAAUAACUAAAGAGCUGGAGCAAAGUUUCGCCUGUAUAAUUUGGAAUGUCUGAGCUUUCUCAUUCCUGGUUCACCUGCAGUCCCUCACAUUCUCUGAAAAGCUGCCUCUGGAAAUUCAAAAGUCCUUCCUGGACAGCUUGCAGUAGAAUAGCAGUUGCAGUUGAAAUGGCAAAUUCAGACACAUGCAAUACACAUUUGGAAGUUCUUGGGUGUGUCUCUUGGGAUCUCAGUCCAGAUGUUUUGGUCAACUAGAUUUUUUUCUCAGUCCAUUGAUUGCUUGGGCACCCAACAAACCAAGGAAACCACUAAAUUGAACCCACAUUUUGUGUAUUUGUUUAAAUAAAUAAAUAAAUAAAUAAAUACAAGAGGAGUAUCUAUUAUAAAACCAAACUGUGACAUGGGAAUUAACUGAACCCUCUUCCAAAUAAUUAAAUAAAAUCAGAAGAUGGACCAGCUUAAGUAAAACCACUGAAGUGGGAAUGGCACAAAUUACAUGUAUUCAACUAGCCCUAUCUAAAUAACAUUAAAUAAAUUACAAAGUACUCCAAAGUAAAUAGUUUGUAACUCCAUGGUCAUAUUUGCAAAAAGAAAAAACUUCUGUUUUCAUUGAUGAAAAUAUAAUGUAUGCCCAAAUGCAACUUAUGUGUUAUAGAGUUUGCAGGUGUAGUGCUAUAUGUUUUUUGUUUCAUUGUUCUUCAUUGCUACUAAAUGUUUAGCUUGAACUGAGCUAAAAUGAGCGUCUUCCUUGGCGGGGAAAAGGAGACUCGGCACACUCCUAUGGCCUCCCACCAUUGUCUGGGAGGCCGUAGGAUUCUUCAGAGACAGUGCUCCAAGGUCUUGUGAUCUCAGAGCUGGGACUCCAAAGACUGAAGCCCUGCCCUGCCCUGCCCUGCCCUGCCCUUUUGCAACUGGCUCAGAAAGACCAUGCCAGCUACCCUGUUCCCGAGGUUGCAGUUGGGCCUUGGAGAGGGAGAAAGUGUGUGCUGGGACAGGGAGAAGAGGCUGAGUCUAUGGACUUACACCAAAUCCAAUUGGUGCCCUGGCAUCCUUCGCUCUGCCUCUCCGCACUAAAUCUAGAUGGUAAAAAAUGGCCUUCUAGAGAAAAUACCUGUGAGGCACGGCAGCAGUAGAGAGCAACACUGUUGCACCUGGCCCAGGGCAAUAGGACUGUGCUCUCCAUGACUUUACAGUAUGCCUUGGGUGCUAAAGUUUCAGUUGUCUAUUAUUUUUUUAAUUGCAAGUUGCACACAGUACACUAAGGUGGAAAGAGAAAAUGUCCUGAAAGAUUGCAUAUUAAACUGGAGUAACAACCCCUCCUUUCCCCAAAUAGCACCCAUUAAAAUGCGUAGUUCAACAUUACAGUUUGCUGUGGACAGUGAUUUCCAGAUUUUUAUAUCCUUAGAACUGGGUUCGAAUGGAGCUACUUCAGGCUUGUCAGAUUGGCUUUGAUUUUCUCUUAUUAGAACUCCAGGAUGCUGCAGACAGACCCAGGGGCAUUAGAUGUACCUACAGAGUUAAAGAGUAGGGUGUUUCUGAGCACUUUCUGGGUCUAGAUGUAGGUUUUCAGUACCAGAACUGAGCUCACCAGUCGCUUCCGUACGGAAGUCCACUCCUUGUUUUCCUCCAGCUUCCUUUCUUUCAAUAACCUAAUUUAGAUGGGGGAAAGCCAUGGGGUUGGUGCAAACGUUUAAGUGGACACUUAUGAAUUGCCAAUAAAAAGACCUGCAUCACCAAAAAAGGAGAGUACCAAUUUGCAUUAAAUGUGCAUGUGCUAAUUUAUGCAUAUGGAUGCAAAUUUUAAAAUAAUUUAAUUGAAAUAUGGUACAUCUCACCCUGGAGUGGAAGACCCGCUGAUGUGUGUGCCUGUCUGUUCAAUCUAUUGUCCAGGUGCCAACUAUUUAUGGGUUCUUUAUCUUUAAGUUGGGACUGGACAGCUUUUGGUGACCCUUAAAUAGAAGACUGCAAAGGGGCACAUGGAUACAACGGGGCACCAGAAACCCUUUCUGAAGGGUGGAUUCAAAAAUCGACCAGAAAAUCUUGAAUGCUCUUCUGUCGUAAAACAAGCAUUCGGCUGAAGUUUAAUAUGCUUUGAAAGUUCAGAACAAAAGUAUUCUUGGCUCUUCCACUGUACUGCCACUUUAUUUCUGAGCAAUUGAAAUAUUUUCCCUUUUAAGGGAAAAAAGAGCAAAUUGUGGUAAGAAAAAAUAUCGUGCUCCUUGUCCCUUUGUAACAAAAAAGAGCACAAGUUUGUUUCAAAAAGGCAUGUUUUUAGCCAAAUGAAAGCGAUUUUAAAAAAUCAUUGGGUUGAACAUGGACUUAGUCAUGCUUUGAAUGAGAUCAAUAAGUUAAGCCGUGAGUUUAUGUCCCACCAAUUUUAGUAGGUCUGUUCUAAGUAUGGCUAAAUCUGGAUCCAACACAGUGUUUUUAAGUGACCUUUAAACUUUUUAAAAACUGGUGUGUGUGGAGGGGAAAAGUACUACUGAUCUUUUUCAAACAUAGUGCAUGGCUGUAAAGUGAUAAAAUUGUAUAUUUUUCAUAAUGUGGGAAAAGAGUCUAUUUGUGCUGCUUUGGGAAAUCAAUAUGAAAUUAUGAUUUCUGUUAAACCUGUGAUUUUACAACCCCACUAUAUUUUCUGUAUAUGACUGACAAAUAGAAAUGGAAGAAUUUAGCACCUGCGCUCAUGUAUAUAAGCGAUGUCUUUAGAUCUUAGCACACAUUUAUACCUUUUAUUGAAUCACCUUGCUUUUGGGGGGAUGGGGAGAAAAUGUGAGCAGAUUUUUUGAUAAGUGUGUAAAACCUUAAUUUGAAAUAUUUUAGUAAAAAUUAAAGUAAGAGAUUGUGAUAGUGUAUACAUUCAGUUGAAGAAAAUAAAACAUGUUCUUUGUAAGUGA